CUUCAUGUAUUACAGCUGCUCUUUUACUUUCUUCAACCCAACAACUUGCGCCACUCAACAAUCAAAUACCUUAUUCUACACAUCAGCAUCGAGCAACCGCCUCUCCUAGUCUUGACGCCGAAAGAUAAAAAAACAUGACUGAACCAGCUCCGCGAAUAGCCAUUAGAUUCGGCACGUCCUCUUCUUCGAAAUCGACCAACAGUGUAAAGAAACAAACGCAUCCACAGCCAUCGUCAACAUUAGGCAAACGUCAGCGACCACAAGUCUUAAACCACGGUUCUGAUUCCGAGAGUGAUGGAGAGGCGGGCUCUAGGCAUGAAGCGGUAACAACUUUUGGAGGAGAUUCACCCAAGUCAGAUGCGAAAAGACGGAAUGUAAAAACAGAUAAGUCUGGGCGUACGAACACGCCCUAUGUGAUUAGCGGGCACAAGAAUCGCGACUGGAAGGCGGAAUUAAAAGCGCAGAAGGCUACAAAAGAUGGUCGGCCAAUUCAAACAUAUGCAGAGACGGAGCCAACUGACGAAGACAAAGAAAUCAAAUGGGGCUUAAACGUGACGAAGAAGGUUGAACCCGACGAGUCUUCACCCAAAGAGAAACCGUCUACCGCAAUCGACUCUACGAUAAUGCCGCGAGACACUGAGCCCGAAGCUUCUAAAGGUGAGGAGGAUGCCAUGGGUGCUCUUCUUGGCAAAAAGCGGAAAUCCGCAAAGGAUCUUGUCAUCGAAGAUAAAUCGAAACGUAAUACGCCUACAACCCCUUCAGAACAAGAUAUGUAUCGUCGCAGAAUGGAAGAGGCAGGGGAAGUAUCUACACUAGAGGAAUAUGAUCGGAUACCUGAAGGCGAAUUUGGGGCGGCUAUGCUUCGUGGCAUGGGUUGGAAUGGCGAAGAACGAGGUUCUAAGCCUAAGGAAGUCAAGAGGCGACCUAACUUGAUGGGUCUAGGUUCAAAGGAAGACGAGGAAAUUAAGAAAGGAGAAUUGGCCCGCAAACAUGGACAUCGUGAGCGAAGGCCACGCUUAGACGAAUACCGAAGGGAUAAGGAAAAAGAGAGGCGAGAUCGCGAGGAGCGCCAUGGCGAUAGCUACAAGUCCGAACGCGAGCGGGAUCGUGACCGACGAGAUUAUAGUCACAGUCAUAGCCAUCGUGAACGGGACCGAACCAGCCAGAGUCACGGCCACAGACAUGGUGAGCGAAGCUCUAGACGUUAGAGUAGAAAUUAUAGCGGAUACCCAUUCGGCUUCAGCCAACAGAAAAGCUACCGCCCUUCAGGUUCCCCAUAACGAAACGUCCGCUCCUACUGCGUAAAGGGACGAUUCAUAUCUUCGUACCUGAUACUGUUGAUACCAGUAUCCAGGUGGUGCACACCGAACAGGCGAAAGGUAUCAGCACUAUUUCUGGUCCAAAUACCCUCAACAGGGAGUGCACCUCGUCAAUGAUGGCUACUCAGUCAAUAUCUCUUCACUCACCUUCGGCCUAUAUACCUUAUCGGAUACCUGGUCUCAAACCGAGUAAGUUAUCUUUCUUAGAUAACUCAAGGGCCAAGGGCAAAGGUACAUCGUCAAUAAUCCAUAAAAUAGGAGUAAUCUGAAGUAGUGCUAACGUAACGUUGUUAGAAGUAUUACCAGAAAACAGGUGGUUAUUACGCACUGCCGAACUGAUACUAAAUACAACUAGAAAAUACACCAAAAUUUUAUAUCAUUAACAGUAGCUAAUCAUUGACAUAGCCAGCUAUCCUGAAACGAUAUCG